AUGGCAUCUCGCCGACACCUCCGGCGACAAGCAUCGGUGGUCUUCGUCCUAUUGGCGCUCUUUUUCUUGUGGCACUUUCACACUCGAGUGGGAAGCACCUCAGGAACAACGGCAGUCAAAUCAACCAGCACGCUUCUGACGAAAUACGUGUCGAAUCAGAGAGGCAGCGGUGGAGCGUGGUAUGUUCCACCUAGCUGGAUUGAGGAACAUGAUCCUCCAUCAGUCCAGAAUAUUGUCGAGGCGGCCACCCUGGCUCUCAACGUAUCUCGUCGCGUGCCAGACAGACAGAUACCACAUUCGGCCAUUCCGCUGAUUCUCCAUCAGACAUGGAAGAAUACCUAUCCAGAGCAAUGGCCAGAGACCUUUCAAAGAAGUACAGAGACCUGGCUCGCCGGUCUGGAUCACGGCAACAUGGCUUACUUCCUAUGGGACGAUGAGGGGAUUGCUCAAUUCAUGCGGCAUUUCGAACCCGAAAUCGAAGGCUGGUUCUAUGCUCUCCCAAACAAUGUGGAGCGAUCAGAUGUGUUUCGCGUCCUUGUCUCCAAAUGGAUCGGCGGCGUUUAUGGUGAUAUGGAUACGGAGCCAACAAAGCCACCGGCAGAGUGGAUUGGCCCAACCGAUAUCCAACCAUGGCGGGAUGUGAGCACGGGCAAGACGUACAGCUCAAAUGAGCCAGUGCGCGCCAUAGUCGGCCUGGAGGCCGAUUGUCGUCCCGAGAGCGAUGAUUACUGGCGCAUGGGGUAUCAAUACCCUAUUCAGUUGACGCAGUGGUCCUUUGCUUGGGCUCCCGGCCACCCCGUCCUGCAAAUCUUCAUGGAUCGUUUGCUGGUCAUGAUGAAGGUGGUUUCUGACGCGCACGACGGACAACUGAACACGGCGACCGCGCAGGCAGAUCUCUACUCAAUCGACACUUUGAAUCUGACGGGCCCGGCCGCCUUUACGGACUCCGUUCAGUCAUGGCUGGCAGACAAGCAUGGCCUGAGGUGGAACGCACUGACGGGCUUGGAUGAUGGAGGAUUGAGCAAACUCGUCGGGGAUGUGUUGGUCCUACCGAUCACUGGCUUCAGCCCUGGCAGAGGUCGAUACGGCAAUAUGGGAUCCAAACCCCUGACGGAUCCUUCUGCCCGAUUGACACAUCAUGCACAGGGAUCAUGGAGAUCAUCAAGCAUUUACGUGGAAUACGGAAAAUUUUGUCGCACUGUCUUCGGGCUGUGCAGAGAUUGGUCCAAAGUGCCUCACAAUUGGAUCAUAUAG